AUGGUGAACCCGAAGAAAAGACCAGCUUCCGAGCAAGCACAGCCAGCCAAGUCAAAGGCAGUACGCCCAUCCGCAAAACGGCGGGUAGAACGGAGAAUAGCAGGAUAUCAAGAAUAUCUUAAGGGUAAUACGAAGGACUUUGUUCGUCACGAUCCAGCAACGGAAACGUUGCCCGAUCUACUCGCCUACGAUGAUGAAUUUAUGAAAGCCGAGAGGGCUUGCCUGGAGAUUCCACAAGAUUUCAUCCUAGCUGUUAAGCCAGACAAGGACCCGCAACUAGCCGCAAGUCUCAGACCAAACUCAACGAGACUGGAGCUUUCCGGCAAGAUCGACUGUCGAGAUUCAGUACAACAGCAUCUUGCCAAUCUUGUAGCGAACCUAAACAGAUGCGUGGAAGGGCCCAUAGAGCUUGACGAUCAAGGCCAAGACAGUCUACGGGCGCUUCAGAAUCUGUUCAGCGACAUUCCAGAAUUCGCAUCGAACGAAUCUACUUGGACAUUCCUAGGAAAUGAUUUCAAUUCGCACAAAUUCUCAUCAGUAGCGAAGCAAAAGGAUGCGUUUGGCCAAUGCGUCAAGUGGGCUGAGGACCGGCGCCAGAAGAUCGCCAACAUGUCCGCACAGGGUAUCUACGCUACCAACGUGACGGAGCUGCGGAGAGAGCUCGCGCAAUUCAGCGACGAUCAAGCCAAGAUGGACGACACCAAACUUGGUUUCAACCCCUCUGCGCUCGUAGAGAGGAUUGAGGUCUUUGGUGACUUUCGGAUUCGCUACUCGAUCGGCGACUGCCCCGGACUACAGGACAUCAACAAGGCAAGCUUGAGACCCGAUCAACGCAUCAUCAUCGCCUUGACAAUGGGAGAGUCCAAUCUGGACCCAUCGGAUCGCAAAGAUGCAGAAUUCAACCAACAUGAGAUAGCUGAUCUCGACUGGCUAGCCGAAUGUAAAGCAGAAACUCGGAGAAAGAAGGACAGCUACGCGCCAACAGACUAUGCGCAAAGAGACCACUGCGCCCGCGAGAUCGCUUUCAUGACCCUCGAAGAGAACGAAAUAUGUGCCCGAGAACGAGGUCGUCGCAUCAGCGACAGGCUGAGGAAAAGAUUCGCAAAGCAGAACGAAAAUUUGACAGUUAUGACGACUUCGGCAAAAGACUACAUGGAGCAUGUCGAGGGCUACCACCAGUACACCGACGAGCAUCUGCCGCUGUCCGUUGAGUCCACCCAAAUCCCCAGUCUAUGCAGGGAACUCGCCGCUAUCGCCAAUGAACGGCAGCAGAAAGAUCUUCUUCGCUUUUACAGGCGAACACUACCCGAGCUCUUCAGCUAUAUCGAGCUCGCUUGCAGCACGACUUCCGGGCCUGUACAGACAGGGCCCAGGUUCAACUUUGAAGAAUUCGCAUCCAAAUUGUUGAAGCCGCUCGAAGUCUUCCUCGACGUUUUCGAAAGUGAACUCAUCCUUCCGAGGAUUAAGAGCAUGAGAGAAGGAGUCGGCGAUUGGAAGAACGAAGGUCACCAUAACAUCAACAAUGUUUGGCGGAAGUUGCAUGGUAACGCCGUACGGUGCUACUUGAACAAGCUAGGCAACCACCGGACAAAGGGACUGCCGAGUUGCAGUUGGAACAUUACGCUUCUGGGUCCUGUCCAGAAGACGCUCGACCCGCUGUUCAAGGAGCUAAUCGCGGAAACAUCCUCCAGGCUGGGUAGCCUUGCAUACCAGCUAGAAGGAGUCGUGGACGACUUCCUGGAAGUCCUUCUCGGUGUCGCCGAACAGCUCGACAGCAAGAAUUUUGGAGCGAACCUUGACGACAAGAAACCGCAACUCUACAACAUGUAUGAUGUUGUCGGCAGAGACCUGAUGACAUUCCUUCGGCUGUUCCGAGGACGUCUUACUGAAGACGGCAACGGUGACUUCUUUCCCCAAAGAAUGAAACCGGUCUACACUGCCGCAUUAAAGGCAAAACCGAUAGGUAAGCUGACCAUGAAAGAGGUGCAGAUGCAGACACUGGAAGCGCGCAUAUGCGGAAACAACAGUCCCUACGACAAAAUGGUCGACCAGUUUGAAGCCGCUUGGAAAGCCAAGAAGAUAGCGUUGUUGGAGAUUGGCAGACAAGCUAUCGCAUUUCACAUAGCAGAGAUCAAGGCGUCGUACAAGCAACUCUGCACUCCUGAGCCGCAGGAUAAUUCCAUGACGCUGCUGCGCGCUGAGCUGGAGCGCAAGGUUGGCGUGGCGAGGGAACAGUGCAAGGGACCUAUUCUGACUUCCCUUCUGGAAUGCGGGCUUGAUCCGAACUUGAAGAAAGUGAAGAAAGAGAAGAAAGUCAAGAGAGAGAAGAAGGUCGCGAAGGUGGAGAAGUAG